CCCAACAUCACAGCCAAAAAAAAAACACUGUUUCUAUCAUUAACCAAAAAAAAGUAACAGUAAUUCUAUCUCUUCUAUAUUGUCUUCUCAAACAAAAUCUUGAGCCUUAACGCUAACAUGCGCUGGGCUCUCUUAUCCAUCACCACCAACGUCACCAUCGCCACGUGGAUCUAGGGUUUCUUGAAAAUAUUCUUGAUCUAAUUUUUAUAAAAAUAAAGAAUACUUAAUUGUUGAAAAAAUGGGUAUUUUAAGGGUUUGGGUAGCUGGGUUUGUGGUUUUAUUGAUGUUCUUUGAAGGGAUGGCUGUUAAAGAUUCAGUUUGUCCGUUGAAAUCUGUUAAAGAUUCGGUUUUUUUGGGGUUUCAAGAUUUGACUUGUUCAUUUGAUGGGAUCCAAUCUUCUUAUAUGGCUGGAGUUAUUCAGGGAGAUGAGCAGUCAUUGCAGAGGGCGCUAAAUAUGAUUCACCGGAAUACACAUGAUUAUGUUGCUCUGCUUUUCUAUGCUUCCUGGUGUCCUUUCUCUAGAAGUUUUAGGCCUAAAUUUUCUAUCAUGUCUUCUUUGUUUCCUUCAAUUCCCCAUUUUGCAAUUGAAGAAUCAGCUGUUAAGCCAAGCACUCUCUCAAAGUAUGGAGUUCACGGGUUUCCAACUCUCUUCCUUCUAAACUCAACAAUGCGCAUGCGGUAUCAUGGCUCUCGCACCCUUGAUUCAGUGAUUGAAUUCUAUGGCGGCGCUACUGGUUUUCAGAGUGCUUCAGUGAAUCCCACUUCUCUUGGCAAAUCGGGAUGCUCCUCAAAUCAUUUGAAACUGCAUGGGAGUGAGCAGGAAAACUGUCCGUUCUCCUGGGCUAGAUCCCCUGAAAAACUUCUUCAGCAGGAAACUUAUUUGGCCUUAGCCACUUUGUUUGUGCUAAUGAAAGUGCUUUAUAAGAUAUUUCCAGCUUUACGUAAGAUUGCUCAAUUUGGCUGGGAAAGCUUCGUUUUACAUAUAAGAAUAAGAAGCUUGUGGGAGCUUCCUCUGCUAUAUCUGGACCGAGCUGUACAAUUAUGUAAUUCAUUGAAGGAGCCAUGCAAGAGAAGCAACUUGCAGGAAGGAGCUAUGAAUGCCAAGGCAUGGGCUUCCAAGUCUUUAGCUUCUGUUUCAUUUGGAGAGUCGAGCACUAGCCGGGCGGUACCAGUAAGUUCAACUGACUAAUUGCUUUGAUGGCCAAUAUCUAAAAUCAUAUUGCUCUUUUAGAAUUAUUUAGCCACUGUCAUUGGGGUUGGUGUUAUCUGAUUGGCACGGCGUUAUGCAAUAUCAAGCUUUUGAAACGAUCUGCUUCAAUUUGAUGUAAUCUAGAUUAGAAUUUUUUUCUCACCGUCAGACAAAUAAUGUAUCCACAUUGUAUAUAGCUUUAACUAAUAGGCAGAGCUUUUGAAUUCA